UUGCUUGAGCGCUUCUCCAAGGCACGCCACCGGACGAUAUUCUUUUCCAACGAGAAAAUUCUCACCGUGGAGCAGGUUUUUAACCGUCAAAACACCAGAAUCAUUUUCAAAUCGCUCAAAGAAGCCAACAGCAAAAGCCAACUCGUGCAAACUGUCACUUCCGACGGCAAGAUGCCGCUGAUCUUUGUGCCUCAGGGCAUAAAGGUAGACGCUGCGACGUAUUUGGAUACCAAACUGAAGAAGGAAUUGUUCGCGAACCGAUAUCCAUUUUAUGCGGAGAGAUUGGUGCUUCCAGCAGGACAGCGCAGCUGCGCACAAGGCGAAGGUUGUUCAAGCAUGGCUUCAGAGCAACGUCAAGAUCUUCAUUACGACUGCAGAAUGGCCUCCGUACGCCGGAUUUGAAU